AUGGCACCCAGUUUGCCCCCCGAAUUGCUUGCCAUAAUAUUAUCCUUUUUCGGUUAUGAUGAGCGCAGUCGAUAUGUUACCGUUUCAAGACAAUGGCAACUCCUAAUUGAACGCCGCGCCUUUCACAAGAUUCAUCUGAAAAGCACAGAUUUGCAGGCAUUCUCGGACAUUUUCGUUGGCCAUCGCCGGGCCCUUCUAGCGGACCUGCGCUACGAUGUAAUUCUCCCAAGCUAUGAUGACCGCCAGCGUGCUAGGUUUGAGAGAACGAAGGACAAGCAGGCGAACAACGAGGUUCUGACAGAAGCUGUUCACGGGCUUUUCUCGGUAUUGGCCUCCUGGGAUGAAGCUAAGGACCACGAAAUAGCGACUUGCGAACAGCGACGGCACAUCUCGUUGAAUCUGAGAGCUUAUUCGUUGACGGACGUUGAUGAGCGUAGACAUGAGCAUGUUUGGCCAGAAAUACGCGACAGCUAUGACUUUGAAGAAUGCGCCCGCUUUAGGCUUCGAUAUAAACACUCGUUUCUGCAGGUUCUGAGAGUUGGCGAACUUCCGGAAGUGACCCAAAUAUCAGACUUCCAGUGCAAUCGUUUGAGUUGGCCGCGACGGAUAGAAGGGUCUUCUCUAGCAGGUGUUGUGGCGAAGUUACCCAACCUGGAGAUUCUCGGCUGGACAAUCAACGACAAUGAGAAGAGAUAUCCGGUAGUACGCCAGCAGCAUCGCUUUGAUUUUGCACAGUCUCUACAGCAUAUCACCCUGCAUCAUCUCAGAAAGAUCGAGCUGUGCCUCGACACCAGCAAUCCACGCAAUGAUCACCUCAGCUUGCAGAGCGCGCUGCUGCCGUCUUCUCCAUUGGUUGAUCAUCUAAGCUGUGCUCUGCACGUGCUGUCGCAGCUUCCUCGUCUCGAGGAAUUCAGGCUUCUGGAUGAUACCGUCUUCUCGCCCUGCUUCUUCUGGCCGGACGCUGCACCAUCCGACAAUUUGCCCUUCUGGCCAAAUCUACGACACCUGGAAGUAUGGCUAAGCGACACCACUCCCGACGGCGAAUGGCUCUACCUAGGUAAACCAAACGAGGCACAUAACGACGAGUCGAUCGGGGCCGACUUUCUUGCACAGCUGGCGUUCGAGGAAGACGAAGCCGCACACGCGAACGACUCCGAAGAUUCUCAGGUUCCAGAUGCCGUCCACGCGGGACUCGAGCACCAAAUCGACGGCUAUGAGCCCGAGCAACUCUUCCGCACGAUGCUAGACCACCAGAGAAUAAAUCCCAUGCUUAUUGCAAUGGCGCGUGCUGCGACAUGCAUGCCCAAACUGCAGCGGAUGGCGCUAUAUACGGGUGGUGACAACUCGUAUGGAAUGGGGGUGACUUAUCUGGCAGCUGGACAGGAUAUAAACUCAUCCUGGGAAGGGGGAAAGGUGACAGAGUGGUCGCCUGAAUGGGGAGGAGACCUGCUGAGGAAGCGAUGGCAUAUACUCCUUUCGCCAUGCACUGAUUGGGAGGUGCCUUACGAGCUCGAAUGCACCUGGAAAGAAAUGGGGUCGUGGGAUGAUGAGGUUGUCAUCCUGAUUGAUAAAGGAUCGUACCGCGACACCACGCUUUAG